CCGCCUGGGGACGCUCCGCCCACUGCCUGCGUGGGCACGUACCAUAGAACGCCCUGGCGGGGACGUGAUAAUUCCGAGAGAUUGAUACAGUGUGAAAAUGCCAAACUGCACACAGCUGGAGCGCGUUUACAGGGUUUGAACCUUAGGGGUGAUCGGAACGGCAGGGUCAUCACUGGUCUCCAAGCGCGUCAACCCCGCUCUUUACACCCCUCCCCAUGUCCGUCACGUGGUACAGACUUAGGGCGGGGCCUGUGGAGACGGAAACCCGAGCAACACUGAGGGGCGGAGCCUAUAGCAACGUGGAGAGGAACUUCCGUCAGGGGCGGUGUCUGAGGGGUGGGGCCUCGUUGAAGGCGGAGUGAGACUUGAAGCUGGCGAGGUGGAGCCAAUUCCCGCGGCGGGGCGGGGCCUGUGCUGUUGGGCCAGGCUCGCGUUGCGUGAAGCGAACUCUGAGAUGGGGCAGGACCUGGGGAGGGCGGGGCCUCGGCCAGCGUAAAGCGGAAUUUGCGGAGGGGAAGGCGGGGCCUGCCUUAGACACCGGAACCUCAGCGGGCGAGGCGCACGCAGGCCGGGGUGGAGAUCCUGGUAAGGCGGAGUUCGAGCUUCGGCCAGGCAGUCUAAUGGUGCAUUUUGCACUCUCGGGCCUAAUUCCCGUAGCGGAGGGAUGCGGGGGCGGGAUUAGAACCCCUAGGCUAACUCGCAGUCGCCGAGAGCGCACCUCUUACCCGGAUUUGGGAGGAACUGCCUGCCUGAUCAUGGACCCAGAAUGCUCCAGGCUCCUCCCGGCUCUCUGUGCUGUUUUGGCAGAUCCCAGACAGCUGGUGGCAGAUGACACCUGCUUGGAGAAACUGCUGGACUGGUUUAAAACAGUGACAGAGGCAGAGUCUAGCCUCCAACUACUACAGGACCAUCCCUGCUUAAUGGAGCUCCUGUCCCAUGUGCUGAAGCCACAGGACGUGAGCCCUAGGGUCCUCUCCUUUGCUCUGCGCCUUGUUGGGGUCUUCGCAGCCCAGGAAGACUGUUUUGAGUACCUUCAGCAGGGAGAGUUGUUGCUGGGGCUCUUUGGGGAGUCAGGUGCCCCCGGCUGGGCAGCCUGGAGCAUCCCAAGUGUGCGCAGCGGCUGGAUCCAGGGUCUGUGCUACCUGGCACACCACCCUAGCGCCCUGCACUUCCUGGCUGACAGUGGUGCUGUGGACACGCUCUUCUCCUUGCAGGGAGACCCCAGCCUGUUCGUCGCCUCAGCAGCCAGCCAGCUCCUAGUACAUAUCCUGGCUCUGUCCAUGCAAGGUGGAGCCCCAGGGUCCCCCGUCCCUGAAGCUGCUGCUUGGCCUAUGUGUGCCCAGAAGAUUGUGAACCAUGUGGAUGAGUCCCUGCAUGCCAAAGCCACCCCCCAGGUCACACAGGCCUUGAAUGUCCUGACUACGACCUUCGGGCGCUGCCAUAACCCCUGGACAGGGGUCCUCUGGGAGCGGCUAAGUCCCCCUGUUGCCCGCCUGUUUGAGAGAGACCCCAUUCCAGCCGUGCACGCGCUCAUGGACCUUCUUCUUAGUGUGGCCAGGUCAGGGGGCUGCGGGGACUCGGGGUCGCCUGUGUUGAAUUUUGCAGCCUGUGGCCUGUGGGAGAUGCUGGCCCAGACUCUGAGCCGCCUGAGCCCCAUACAAGCUGGGCCUCUAGCCCUGGGGACCCUGAAACUUCAGCACUGUCCCCAGGAAUUGAGGACCCAGGCCUUUGGAGUCCUCCUACAGCCACUGGCCUGUAUCCUGAAAGCUACCACUCAGGCCCCUGGACCUCCAGGCUUGCUGGAUGGGACUGUGGGUAGCUUGCUGACUGUGGAUAUACUCUUGGCUUCAAAGUCAGCCUGUGUGGGACUCCUUUGCCAGACUCUGGCUCACCUGGAGGAGCUGCAGAUGCUGCCCCAGUGCCCCUCACCCUGGCCACAGGUGCAUCUGCUGCAAGCUGCUUUGACUAUAUUGCAUCUCUGUGAUGGCUCAGCGGACCCCAGCUCCAGUGCAGGAGGCCGUCUCUGUGGGACUCUGGGUGGCUGUGUUCGUGUCCAGCGAGCAGCCCUUGACUUCUUGGGGACCCUGUCUCAGGGGACAAGCCCCCUGGAGUUGGUUCUGGAGGUAUUUGCUGUUCUCCUGAAGACCCUGGAGAGCCCAGAGUCCAGCCCCAUGGUCCUAAAGAAGGCCUUCCAGGCCACACUCAGAUGGCUCCAGAACCCACACAAGACCCCCAGCAGCUCUGAUCUCAGCUCCGACGCCCUGCUGUUUCUCGGAGAGCUGUUCCCCAUACUACAGAAGCGCCUAUGCAGCCCAUGUUGGGAGGUGAGGGACUCUGCCCUGGAGUUCCUGACGCAUCUGAUCCGACACUGGGGAGGGCCUACUCAUGGACCUUAUGCAUAUCCUGUCCACUGACUCAGAGGGCUUCCCUCGAAGGGCUGUGUUACGGGUCUUCACGGACUGGCUGAGGGAUGGCCAUGCUGACGUGGUUCGAGACACGGAGUGGUUCGUGGCCACUGUUCUCCAGGCAGUGAGCCGGGAUCUGGACUGGGAGGUCCGAGUGCAGGGUUUGGAGCUGGCACGGGUGUUCCUCACCCAGGCACUGGGCCAGCCCAGCCUCCACUGUCCCUAUACAGUGGGCCUGCCCAGGGCCUCCUCUCCCCGCCCACACCCGGAAUUCUUGCAGACUCUCUGCCGUCUGCCGCUCUUUGAGUUUGCCUUUUGUGCCUUGCUUGACUGUGACCGACCGGUGGCCCAAAAGGCCUGUGACCUGCUCCUCUUCUUGAGGGACAAGACAGUUCCCUGCAGUAGCCCUCGGGAGGCAGGGGACAGCCCCAACUCAGCCUCAGUGGAGGCUGCCCUGCAGAGGUGGCGGGAAGGAGAGCAGGCCCAGCCCCUAGGGGACCUGGAUCCUGAGGCCAUGCUAGCCAUCCUCAGGGCCUUAGACCUGGAGGGCCUGCAGGGCAGGCUGGCCAAGAGCAGCGACCAUGUGGAGAAGAGCCCACAGUCCCUGCUGCAGGACAUGCUGGCCACGGUGGGUGUGUUGGAGGAGAACGAAGCUGACUGCUACUAAGGCGUGUCCACGUCCUGUCCCUGUUUCCAUCCUGUGCCAGCAGGAGGACCCCAGCCCAGGUCAGCAGCUCAAGAGACCCUGCAGGGGGUGGAUCACAUGUUUUAAGCCGGGUACGAUAACACACCUAUGAUCACAGCGUUUAAAAGACCAAGGGAGGAGAAUGUAGAGUUCCCGGCCAGCCUGGACUAGAUAGCAACCCUGUCUCAAGAAAACCCAAGAAAUCAAAUCAAAACAAAAUCUCCACCCUUUGUGUGCUGUGCAUGCAGACCGGAGGCCAGCCUCCAGUGUUCUUCCUCAGGUGCUGUCCACCUUGGUUUUUGAGAAAAGGUCUCUCACUAGGACUUGGUACUCCCUGAUGAGGCUUGCCAGUGAGCUCCAGGGAUCCCGCCACCACCUCCUCAGCACCGGGAUCAUAAUACUGUAUCCCUGUGCCUGGGUCUACAUACAUGGGUGCUGGGAUUUGAACUCAGGUCCUCAUGCUUGCACGGCAAGCACUUUACCCACUGAACCAUCUCCCCAGGUCCCACAGAAUCCUACUUUCCACGUGUUAUUAAAGAGGUGGCUUGUUUUCUGCUCAGAACAGGUAGUACUGAUGUCUAUAACCUUCAAUUGUGUAUGUGGAUUAACAAAGCCCCACUGUGAUCUGCAUAUGGCCUUCAGCUCUCUGCUCCGUCACCCAACGUUUGAAAGUCCCAUAAUCUUUAAAGAAUUCAGAUACAUUAAAAGUUCAAAGUCACAACUGUGGGUCCUGUAAAAUAAAAUAAAAAAAAAUUUUUUUUAAA